CGCAUUAGUCCACAAGUUAUUUACCUCGAACAAUCGACCAUCCGAGUCCGGAAGAGGCGUGGUCUCCGUCGAAGGAAUCGGUCGGUGAAUAAACUUGAAGCUGCGUGUUGUUUUUUUUUUACGGGAGACAGCGUCCGCGUGACUGAGUGAAGGAAGGAGGCGUGUGGGGUUUUUUUUCAGCACCGGAGCUGUCCACUUCUCUCAGACGAGCUCUCCAUCUUCGGCUGUAAAUGUUCUGACCGUGGGUAUAACAAACAGCCGUGUGUGUGUGUGUGUGUGGGUGUAGGACGCACACGCACGCACACUUUCUUCCCAGAGCCAAAGUCUUGCCAUGCUGGACGGACGGAUUUGAGGCAGAUAAAGUCCCAGCAACAGCACCGACGCCAUGGGAGUGCUCAUGUCAAAGAAGCAGCAGGUGGAGAAGGUGCAGAAAUGUACCGCUGUGGUCUCUGCCUUCCAGGCGGGGCUCAAGGAUCGAGCAGCUUUAGCCAAACAGGCUGAAGGGCAAGCAGUGGAAAGUGAGGCGCCUGCCAAAACAUCAGCCAGUCCCGAGGAAAAGAACACAGAGGAAGGAGAAAAGGGGGAAAGUGAGAGCAACGCUGCCCCGUCGACUUCUCAACAGGCGACCAGGGAUGGGUGUAAGGUGAACCAAGAGGCUUGGUCCAGGUUACGCGAUGGUAAAGGAGUAGAGCCCGAAGACCUCGACAAGACCCAUCAGCUGACACCACCUGCUUUUGUGCGACCUAAAAGGGAAGCGGAUGACGAUCAGCCUGUCGAUGUGGAGCUUGGGAAAAAGGAGCAGCCAGCAAGUGAUGAGAUGUGUGACGUGUGUGAGGUGUGGACAGCGGAUGACCUUUUCCCCUGCAGGAUUUGCACUCGCGUCUUUCACGAUGGCUGCUUGAGGGAGUUGGGCUACUUGAGAGCAGAAGCUUUGCAGGAGAUGAGAGAUACGGCGCACACUGUCACCGGCUGGAGUUGCUACUAUUGUGACAAUUUAAAUCUUCUCCUAACGGAGGAGGAAAUGUACAGUCUUAUGGAGACCUUUAAACAGUGUAAGAUCAUUCCAGAGUCGUGCCUGGUGUCAGAUGAGCUGCUGCAGUAUCAUCACUUUGUGUCCAAGCAGCAGUUUGAUCAGGACCUGACUGAUGAGCAGGAGGAAGACAUCCUGGCCCAGUUUGCAGCUCUGGACCCGGAGAAGAAGGGUCAAAUUGAAUGGAUGGACUUUCUCUAUUUUGAGUCACUGGCGGUCCUGAAGAAGUUUCGCACAGAGAACUCACUGGUACGUCUGCUGACUCCUAAAGAGAGGGACAGUGCCCGGUCCGUGUUCCAGGCUCUGGACCUGGAUAAAGACGGCGUGAUCUUGAGGGCAGAAUGUCGCCAGGCCCAACAAUCCUGGUUCGACAAGCUCAAUAAAGAUUCACAGUCAUGCAAUGUGAGACUCAUGGGGUUCUGCUCUCCUGUGAAUUUUGGCAUCAGUCACGUUGGAGCGAUUUGUGAAAGCAGCCCGGCCAGCUCCACCAGUGAAAGAAGCAAAAAUGAUGACAACAGGCCAACAACCUGGGCUGACUUCCUCAGGGAAAGUGCCAUCUACAUUUUGGCAGCACGCACCAACAGUUCUGCCAUGCACAUCCGCCUUCCUCUAUAGGACCCUGGACUAAUGCUAACCGAGCAGGCGCGGGGGGAGUGAGGUAGAGGGUGCACCCUGACGCCGACAGCUGAGAGACAGAGAUGAUGACAUCAGGAAGCCGACAGAGCAAACUCGACGAAGCACACGAGAGACAGCGGAUCAAGCCAUUGAAGGAGUCUGUGUCUCCUGAAGACAACCAGACUGACUAAAGAACGUGACUGACUGAAUUGACCUGACCUAAAACUGAAUGCGGGUGAUAAUAAGAUCCACCACUUGUAAGUAGUUACAGAUGGUUUGCGAGUUUUGAGUGUAAAGACUGUGCGCUCAACUAUGAUUCCUUCACUCUCCGGCUCCAAACACGCGACUCCACGUGGACACAUUUGUGUAAAGUGCUGUUACUUUGUUAGGCAUUCAUUGUUUUGGGGCAAUUGUAUCACAUACUAUAAGGUAUAUGUUUGGCAUAUACAGUAUUCCGCCAUUUUGCUAAUUCAUUAACGCCGUUGUUUGACAAGUGGAGACCCUGCGGAGAAAGUGACCCCACGGCUGCCAAAUGAGAAACGCCUCCUGUGUUAUCCCGUGUGCAUAUAUGAGAUGAUAUACAGCCAGUAUCAAUGGUUAUCAGGCGUCAUAGAGCUAUAUUUAUUCCUGUACUCUCCGGUAUUGUUUCUCCCGUUUUCAUCAGGCACUCUUCAUCCUCCUUUUGUGGUAACUGCAACUGACGCUGGGGUCAUCCACGAGCCCCGAACUGAUGAUAAAUAUGUAUAUAUAUCGUACCAUUGAAAUUCCUCCUCAUGUGCUUGGCGGCGUAAUUUGACACGUUGCCUCCACCUGCUCAGAUUAUUGCCGCUGUACUGUAAUCGUGACGGACGACUGUGCAACUUAUUAACUUUUAUGAGGUGCAUUUUAAAGAGGGAAUGAAGACGUUAAAAUAUUAAAGGAUGUUCAACAGUUUAAUUGCACAACAUACUGACUAUAGAAUCACUGAAGACGUACCUUAACCACUAUAGCAACAUGUAGUGCGUUUGUCAUGUACUGAAGGCUUUGUAACCGGUCCACCUGCUAAACUAGCAACGUGAAAUGAAAUGUGAUCAUUUGAGGGACUUGUCACAGCGCUAAAAUAAAUGCAUGGCAUUGAUGCU